AAAAAGUCUUCCAACACUUCAAAAUCUACAAAAUCCCCAAAACCCAAUCUCUCUUCUCUCUCUCUUCCCUCUCUCUCUCUCUCUCUUUCUUUCUUACAGUGGAGAACAACAAAACACCUUCAAAUGAAGAAUCUAUGCUUUUGAUCAUCAAAUCUAUGGAGAACAAGGCAGCUGAGCGGAGCAAAACCGAGAAUAAUAAUAAUCCCAUGGUUAACCCUGCAUUUUCCGACCAGAUUCCGGCCACCUUUUCCCUGCAAACCCUCUUCGACAUCCCCUCCUCCGAUCAAACUGAUCACCCCAAGAACCCACCUUCCUCAAGCUUCUUCGACUAUCUCUUCCCUUCCCAAGACUACUCCGCCACCGUCUUCGAUCUCCUCCAAACCCCGCCACCUCUCUUGAUCCCGCCGCCGCCUCCGCCACCCUCCCAACCUCUCCCCGAGUCGUCGGAGGCGGUGAACACUCCGGCCACCCCCAACUCCUCCUCCAUAUCCUCCUCGUCGAAUGAAGCCGCCAUUGACGACCAGCUCCCUAAAACAACGGCAGAAGAAGUUGAACAGGAAUCCGACAGAAGUAAAAAACAGUUGAAGCCCAAAAGGAAGAAUCAAAAGAGGGAAAGAGAGCCAAGAGUGGCGUUCAUGACAAAGAGUGAAGUGGAUCACUUAGACGAUGGUUAUAGAUGGCGAAAGUACGGCCAAAAAGCCGUCAAAAACAGCCCCUUUCCGAGGAGCUACUACCGGUGCACGACGCCGGCGUGCGGCGUGAAGAAGCGGGUGGAGAGGUCGUCGGAGGAUCCGUCGACGGUGGUCACCACGUACGAAGGCACCCACGGCCACCCGUGCCCGGUGACGCCUCGCGCCACCGUUGGGAUCAUCAUGCCGGAAGCCUCCAACUUCGGCAGCGUCAGCGCCCCCGGCGGCGGGACCGGAAGUCCGUCGUCGUCGUCUUUUGUCAUCCCUCACCACCACUUUCACUACCCAAUGCCGCAGCAACAACAGCCGUUUUUCGCGAUAACCUCGCCGUUGCCGCCUCCUUUGAGCUACACCCCAUCGACCGGCAACCAAGAGAGGAGGUUCGCCGUUCCGUCGUCGUCUUCUCCGGCCGCCCGGGACGACGGGCUUCUGCAGGAUAUGCUGCCAUUCCGGUUGAGAAAGGAACCCGGCUCGGAAGAAUAGGCUGAUUAAUUAAUCCUCUCUCUGAAUUAUAGACAUAUCUAAAAGUGACACAGUUGGCCUGGAGAUUUUUCUAAGUGCAGAUCAGAUUCUUGAAGUUGGGUUAUCUUCUUUAAAUUAAAUAGAUUAUUAUAUUUCUUCAAUUAAUUAAUAUUUUUCAUUUUAAAACAUAUCCAUGCACCUAGGCUAGAUUUUUAAGGUCUGUUGAUUAUUAGAAGAUUUUGAGGUUCUUUCUUCUCUUCUUUUGUAUUCUCUGUACUUAAUUAGUUUUGGAUUGAGCGAGCCAUGGAGAUAAUAUUGGUUCUUUUGUAUGUAUAUUAUUCCCCUUUGUAUCUAAUUCCCUUUUGUUUUCCUCUUUGCACAUUCCAUUUUAGUACCUAUAUA